CCCCAAACUUUGACACCUACUAUAGACAGACCCUUGUUCAUCUCUGUAGUCUGGAUAAGAAACACACCCUCCCUCAAGAACUCAAGCCUAUCCCCAACAAAAACACACACUGAAUUCACUCACUCUCUCACCAUGUCAAUCUCUCACACCUCUCUCCUCCACCUCCCUCCCUCUGUAAACCCCACCUCAAAACCCUCUAACUCCUCCCCAAUCCUCUUCUCAUUCCACCUCAAAACCCCACCAAACCCCGCCCUCUUAACCUCCAAAGCUUCAUCUUUUAUGCGCCCUCUGACCCUUGCAAGAAACCCCAUCAAGAAAUCUCACCGACCCAUCUGCCCAAAAAUCUCGAAUAGUGUGGAAGCUGGGAUUGGCAUAAUGGGGACUAAGCUGGGGAUGAUGAGCUUCUUUGAGGAGGAUGGGACUGUGGUUCCAGUCACUGUAGUGGGUUUUAGGGAAGGAAAUAUAGUGACCCAAGUGAAGACAGAGAGCACUGAUGGAUACAAUGCUGUUCAAGUUGGGUAUAGGAGGGUGAGGGAUAAGAAGCUUACUAAGCCUGAGAUGGGGCAUUUGGAGAAAUCGGGGAUUAUUCCGAUGAGGCAUUUGCAGGAGUUUAGGUUGGUAGAUGUUGGGGAGUUUGAGGUUAAGCAGAAGCUGGAGUUGGAGGAGCUUUUUAGUGAGGGGGAUUUGGUUGAUGUCUCGGGGACCACUAUCGGGAAAGGGUUUCAAGGUGGUAUCAAGAGAUGGAACUUCAAAAGAGGGCUGAUGACUCAUGGAUCCAAGAGUCAUAGAGCUCUUGGUUCAAUUGGAGCUGGAACUACUCCCGGACGAGUGUACAAAGGGAAGAAAAUGCCUGGAAGAAUGGGAGGCACAAAGCGAAAGAUACGGAAGUUGAAGAUUAUGAAAAUUGACAAUGACCUGAGAAUUGUGAUGAUCAAAGGAGCUCUUCCAGGUAAGCCUGGAAACCUGCUUCGCAUUGCGCCAGCAAAGAUUGUUGGCAAGAACAUCCCGAAGAGCUAGAUUUUAUCUUUAUUGCUUCCCACCUUAUGUCUGUUACAGUUUUUGUAAUCAUUUUAUUUGGUAACAAAUCUUAAUACACUUGUCAGAGACUUUCUUCUGUUUAUAUCUCCUGUGGAAUUAUAUAUUAUUGCUAAUUCAGCAAAUGGCAUUUUGUUUA